AUGCCCAGGAUCAUGACGCAGGAGCUGCUGCUGCAGCAGCAGCAAACGCCCAUGACCACAACCAAAGCCGUCAAGGAGGAGGCCGUGAGGCGUGCCUACCUGAGGACCGACGCCGACUUCUCCACUUCCAGCGCAGGCGGCGCCUGCUGCGUCACGACGCUGCUCCGCGAGGGCCGCCUCGUGGUGUCCAACGCCUGCGACUGCCGCGCCGUGCUCUGCCGGGCGGGCAAAGCCAACCCGCUCACCUCCGACCACCGCGUGUCCUGCGAGGACGAGCGCCGCAGGAUCGAGAGCCAGGGCGGCUUCGUUGUCGACUGCCGCGGCACGUGGCGGGUGCAAGGCUCGCUGGCAGUGUCCAGGGGCAUCAGCGACGGGCACCUCAAGCCAUGGGUGCUGGCGGAGCCGGACACCACCACGCUGCCCGUGGACGCGAGCUGCGAGUUCCUCGUCCUCGCCUCCGACGGCCUAUGGGACAAGGUGGACGCGCAAGAAGCGGUGGACGUCGCGCGCCCGCUGUGCUGCACCGGCAGCCAGCAACUCCCUCCGCGGCCUGCAGGCGGCUGGUCGAGUUGGCGGCGUCCAGAGGCUCCACCGACGAUAUCACCGUCCUCAUUGUCCGUUUAUCGGCGAUGA